GAGGCUCCUAGUCACUGAGAUAAUACGCCCGCGGCUUUUGGCGGUGGGCGUGGCUACGGAUGAAGCGGGCGUGGCUUAUGGGUUUCGACAAACGCCCCGCCUUGGCAGCUGCGUCAUGUCUCAUUUUUGUGGAGGGCGGGGCCGACGGCGAGUCGCUGUCACCUAGGCAACCGCCCCUCCCGCGAUAAAGCUGCAGUCUAGCCUUUAGCCCUUUUGCUAAGUCUCAGAACUUUCUAGGAGGAGCACAAUACUUGACAGUGGCAGAUGUUCAGGGAGCCUGGUGGUGCAGUGGUUAAAGCGCUCGCCUGCGGACUAAAAGGUCGGCUGUUCACCUACCAGCCACUCCUCGGGGGAAAGAUAAAACGGCAUUCUGCUUAGGGCACUGUCAAGAUGGAAUUCCCAGCCUAGUGACCCCAAGGGCCAGACCGUGACAACAUAAAGCAUGGUCACCUUCUGUCCAGAAUGUGGCAAAAGUAUCGAAUCCACAUUCAAAUUCUGCCCCUACUGUGGAAAAUGUUUGCCUACAGAGGAGCACGGGGGGUCUCCAGCCUUUGUCAAACCACUGACAUCAUCCUUCCGAGGCUCCAGGAGAGAUCUGAACUCCAGUUCUGAAAUCUCUUGCAAGAAGGUGAAAUGGUCCAGCUCUGUCAUCUCUCCCCCAUCAUCUCUCUUCUCAGACAGUGACAAUUCUGAGUCUGAAGAGUUCUUGAGUCCAUCUGAGAGGCCCAAAGGCUCCACGUCCCUUUCUGCCUCACUUUCUGGACUGGGAGUCUCUCGUCGGCAGGGACCAGUCCAUCCUCCUGCAGGGAGCCGGAACAAACCCCCGACCCCCAAAGGCAGCCCACAGACUGCCCGGCGAAGCCCCCAGACCCUGAAGCGGAGCCAGGUGACCAUCUCACUCGAGGCCCUGCCCAUGGGGACAGUGCUGAUAGACAAGAGUGGGCAGCACUGGAAGCUGGGAUCUCUCCAGACCAGGGAUGACCAGGGCAUUCUCUAUGAAGCUGAGCCUGACUCCGCCCCUGCCUCGGCCUUCACCUGCGAGUCGAGUCCCCAGAAACAAAGAUUCUCACUCAAACUAGAUGCCAAGGAUGGGCGUUUGUUCAAUGAGCAGAACUUUUUCCAACGAGCUGCCAAGCCUCUGCAAGUGAACAAGUGGAAGAAGCUGUACUCCACCCCUCUUCUGGCCAUCCCUACCUGUGUUGGCUUUGGUGUCCACCAGGACAAGUAUAGGUUCAUGGUGUUCCCCAGGCUGGGUAGGAGCCUCCAGUCGGUCCUGGAUGACCACCCGAAGCACAUCAUACCAGAGAGGUCCGUGUUCCAGGUGGCCUGCCGGCUGCUGGAUGCCCUGGAGUACCUCCAUGAAAAUGAAUACGUUCAUGGAAACGUGACGGCUGAGAAUAUCUUUGUGAAUCCAGACGACCUGACCCAAGUGACCCUGGUGGGCUACGGCUUCGCCUUCCGCUACUCUCCAGGUGGCAAGCACGUGGCCUAUGUUGAAGGCAGCAAGAGCCUACAUGAGGGGGACCUUGAGUUCAUUAGCGUGGACCUACACAAGGGAUGCGGGCCCUCCCGCCGCAGCGACCUCCAGACCCUGGGCUACUGCAUGCUCAAGUGGCUCUACGGGUGCCUGCCAUGGACAAACUGCCUCCCCAACACCAAUAGCAUCAUGCAGCUGAAGGAGAAGUUCCUGGACAACCCAGAGUCCCUUGUGGAGAAGUGUAGCAGGUGGAACACACCUUCAGGGACCCUGCAGGAGUACCUGAAGGUGGUGAUGUCCCUCAAAUAUGAUGAGAAGCCGCCCUACUCUGUGCUGAGGAACAAUCUGGAAGCCCUGCUGCAGGACCUGCGGGUAUCGGCCUACGACCCUGUGGACCUGCACAUGGUGCCAUAGGUGGUAUCCAGAACUUUCCAGAACCUGCAGUUUGACAUAGAUAAAAGAAGAAAUGUGAUUCACGGCCUGUCGUUUAAUCACAGAUGAGCUUCUAGAGAGAACCCUUCAAUGUGCAGUCCUGCUCCUUCCUUAAGCGGUGCUCUACAGUCUGGAUUAGCAUCAGGGAGCCCACAGAUAUGCCCCAGAUAAUGUGAAUCUCCUCCUUUUGACUGUCCUGUCCUUUCAGCCCUCGUCUCCAGCCAGCUGCUGGGGUAUUGAUGGAGGAGACUUCUGGCCCACAGGCGAGGGUAGGGCUGGCCCCCUCAGCGGGGGGACCCUGCCUACCAUUUCCAUCACUGUCUUGAUAAUAAAUUGUUUGAUUUGAUCUGGAGGAGUCUACCAUCUGCCAAAUAAGUUCCUCUGGGAAAAUUUAUUUCCAUUCAUCUACCCAGCCUUUCUUCAUUCAUCUGUCUACCCAUUCAUUCCCUUCAACCUUUCAUACAACUAUUUACUUUUAAAUUCAUCUGUCUAAACUUCAAUGCAGACACCCCUGCAUCCCUUCUUCCACUUAACCAUCCAUCUGUUCAUCGAUCCAUCUAGCCAUCCAUUUUCCCACACAUCCAUCUAUCCAUCCACCCUUUCAUACAGCCAUUCACUAUUUCAUUCAUCUAUCCAAACUUUUGUGCGACAUCCCUCCAUCCAUUCUUCCACUUAUUCAUCGAUUUUCCCAUAUAUCCAUCCAUUCCAUCCACUCUUUUCCUCCAUUCAUCUGUCUACCCAUUCAUCAUUUAAUCCACCUAGUCACUCUUUCAUGCAUCUAUCCAAACUUUCAUCUAGACAUUUGUCCAUUCAUUCUUCCACUUAUCCAUCCAUCUGCACUCCCACUCUCCCUUUUGUCCAUCUGUCCAUCCCUCUAUUCAUUCAUACUUUCAUGCAUCUAUUCAUUACCCAUGCAUUCUUCCAUCCAUUUGCCUUUCCUCUCUUGUACAUCAUCUUCCUUUUAUUCAACAAAAUUCAGCAUGUAUUUACUGAGUGUGUGUUGUAUGAUAUACAUUGUGUUACAUGGGGGAUUCUGAAUGAACAAGAUAUACCAAAAUGACUUAGGUUUCUCUAGAGAAAGAACCAGUUAGACAUAGAUACACAGAUACAUAGAGAGAGAUUGAUUUACUUCAGGAGAUUGACUCAUGUUUUUGUAGGGGACUAGCAAGUUCAAAAUCCAUUGGUCAGGCAGUAGUCUGGAGACUCCUGCAGGCUUACAUCCCAAAAUUUGUACAUCAGGUGACUGGAAGAGUGUUCUGGCAAAAUGUCUAUUUAUA